CCAUCUCAAGUUGAAUAGAAGAAUCUUAUCGACCUCAAAGCAGCUUUUGCGGGCGAAUCAAAGCCCCAAUUGGAGCUUUGCGUACGGGUCUUAACGAUCUUUCUUCUUUUUUUUCUUUUUAGGUCGCGUUCGAUUCAUUUGGCGACACUGUCGGGUGACAAUUCGCGACCGAGAUGCUUUGUCGGCUGUGUGUGUCGCGGUGAGAUGCUUGAUAACUUUUUCGGCGAAGUGUCCUCAGGUGUAUCGCGGGAUGCCUGGUUACUGGGGCGAAAAUCCCGUAAUCGGCUGAAAACCCGGGAUUCUCUUUGUCGCACUGCGGUGAUACAUGCCAUCACUAGGCGACUAGGCGCAUCCGAACGAGGCAGUGGCGUCUGUAAAUUUUCCGCGCACACGGUAUAGCGAUCACCGAUCUCCGUCGAUCCUCCGCACGGUAAACGUACGAGAGUUCGGACGAACUUCUAUCCGGGAAUCGCCAGCGGAAACGCCGCGAGAACGCUCCGUGCGUCACUCUGGCGCUUACGUUAACCAGUCCUAACGACUGAGUGACGCCAAGACUAUGCUCUCACCGUAACAGGUUAAGGCUCAAUUCUGGUUCAGAAUUCUGACUGCACACGCCUUCGCAGAUGAAGAUGAGCGGGGAGAUGUUUGAUGGAAAAGACUAUCCUACUCAAUGGGCGCUCAAUCCUUCUGCAUAUCAAAACAUGAGUAACGAUCAAGUGGAUUGGGCAGCCCUAGCGCAGCAAUGGAUAAAGAUGAAAGAGACUGUUGUACCACCGGCUCCACCACCCCCCACUAUUAAUCCUAUAUGUUCCUCGAACGAUGGCAGUGGAGAGGCACCAAUGGAUAUGGACACUAAAGAUGAUGAUGUGCCUCCUGCGCCACCUGCACCAACUAUCAGUGGAUCUGAGGCCUGGACUCAAUGGAAUCAGUGGGGUCAUUGGAAUGCUUCGACAUCUGGAACUGGAAGUUGGGAAUGGAGUGGUGUACCUCCACCUGGUGUUACCAUGGGUCCUGAUGGCAAACCGAUCGGACUUCCAACUGUACCGGUUAUACCACCUGCGCCGACAAUAUCAACCACCACUGAUUUCAAUACGCCUCCUCCUGCACCAUCAUUAUAUUCAUACAAUUCAGUACCACCUGGACAACCAUACAAUCAGGUUACUAAUUAUUGGUCUGGUGAACCACCUAACGCAGUAUCGCCACAACCACUUCCUUUCAUGAAAGGUAUGAGACACACAAGUAGAGGACCUCAUAUGAGGGUAAUGGAUACUGUUCGAUGUCGAGAUGACAGAAAAACACCAGAGGAAGAUACCACUACAACUAUAGAUGCUGCAAAACGGAGACAAUUACCGGCGUGGAUCCGUGAAGGACUGGAAAAGAUGGAGAAAGAAAAACAGAAGGCCAUGGAAAGGGAAAGGUUAGAGAUGUUAAGAAAACAAGAGUUAGAAGCUCGCAAGCAGGCAGAAGACGAGGCGCGCGCUGUGCUUAAUCCUAGCAAGAGUAAAUUUGAUUCAGAUUCGGAAAAAGAAACUGAGCAGGAUUUCGAAGUUGCGAGUAAUACACGUGGGCAGCAAUCUGUGGAAAAGAGCUACGAUCGUACUCCGGACAUCAUUGUUCGACCGCGAAAAACACGGUUCACGGAUGCCGAUUCGCCCGAAUCUCACACAGGCCCUGAUGAGAGUCCGACCGCUGCGACCAGUGUGGUUCCAGUUGUGCAAAAGCGGUCUCGAGAGGAAAUCUUACAGGAUGUAAUGUUAAAAGUAAGGAGAUCAUUGACGGAAAUACUUUUGGAAGUGACGAACGAAGAGAUUGGCGCGGUAUGCAGAGAGGUUUGGAGCCGCGCACGUGCCAAAGUCCCUGCAGGAGAGACCCCCGUCGCAUCCCUCAACAUGGCCCCUCUUGCUCAGAUCACUCACAAAUCACUCGGUCUGGGCAUCUAUGGCGACAGUAACAGCGAAUCCGAAGAGGAGCAGAGUGAACACGCGCAGCUUCAAAAUGACGACAGCGACGAGGAGUUGAAGGAAACACUAAGACGGCGACAGCAGGCAUUCCGCAAGACGGAGGAGGAAAUCGAGGCACGUCUCGCCGAGGAGGAAGAGAGAGAGGAGCAGCGCAACGAAGAGCAAUACAAUAAUAAGCAACAGGAAAAUCAUACCGGUAAUACUAGCUGCCGGGAGUCAGUUGAUGAAAAAGAAACGGUAGAUAAUCAAAGAGAAGCGUCCGAAACUUUGUCGAGCGGCGGUCAAAGUCCACAAGCGGCGGUACCGCAGAAUGUAUCAGCGACCGACGGCCAGCAAGUGAAGGCGAGCAGCACCGUGUCGGGGUCCGCUGAUUCCGAAUCGAGCAGCACCGAGUCUACAAGCAGUUCCGAGUCGAGUCGCGAGUCCGCAUCCAAGAAGCAUGAAAAAGCGCGCACGAGCAAACAGCAGACGCAGCAACGCGAACAGCAACAGCAACGUGAUCAGCGUUACCAUCGGCGGCGAAAGUCCAAGAGCAGAAGCAAGUCGCGAAGCGGUAGACGGUCCAUCAGAUCGUCACGUUCAUCCGAACGUGGCGGUCAUAAGCGGCGAUCGCGUUCGCGAUCGGCAAAAUCGCGCAAGGAUUAUCGCUCGCGAUCCUCGCGCUCCUCCAGCGAUCACAGAUCCAACCGAAAGCGUCGUUCGCAAUCGCGCGAACGGAAACGUGCAAGAUCGCGAUCGCGGAGUUAUCGACGCUCCAGGUCGACAUCCAGGUCUACCGAUAGGAAAUGGUCGUCGCGAUCACGCUCCCGCAGAUGGAAAUCUCGCUCGCAUUCCAGAGAUAGACGACGAAGCAGCCGAUCGCGCAGCAAGUCAUCGCGAGGAGCGAAGCGAGGAAGAUCGCGCUCGAGAUCGCGCAGCCGCUCAAGGGAUCGCAGACGAUCGAGAUCGUACGUUUCCGGAAGGAGUCAGCGACGGAGCAGUAGAUCCAGAUCGCGGGAUCGAAGUAGAAAGUCGCGAUCCAAAUCGAACUAUCGCGAUGGUAAGAAGUCGUCACAUCGGUACAGGAAUUGAGGUCAGGACCUGCUCCUAGCCCAAGGUUGUAUGUACAUUUUGAUUGUAGCCUUAACAGAACAAUACAAAAAAAAACAAUGAUAUAUUAUUUUUAACAAGUUUGCUAGACUUGCCGCUUGCUAGACUAACAAAAAAUCAUUCUUGGACAUUCUCUUCUUUUCUUUUAUUCCAUUAUCGCGCAUAUUUCAUUAUUACAACUCUCAAUUCAAUUUAUGUGAUAUCUUUCGAAACCUGACGCAAUAAUUAAGAUUGUAUGUUGCAUAAAUGAUGCCUCUUCAAUAUUAUUGUGAAUCCUUAGAUACAAACCUCUGAUAUUCUGCAAAAUACUUUUCCUUUCUAUCUGCUUUUUUCUAUUUAAAUAUUAUUUUUUAUAAUCAGCGCACGCGCGCACGUAAAAUGAACAAACAUGAAGAAAUUAACAGAUAUUUAUGUAUUUUUAUUUUUUCACUGUAUGUAUAUAGUUUUAUAUUAAUUACAGUUUAUGUUAUGUCAUGCCCAAAAAA